GAGCUGCAGGCUGGACUUGGACUUGAUUUAGCGCAGGGGGGAGGAGAGGAGGAGAGGAGGAGAGGAGAGGCGGCCAGCCGGAGAGUUACGAUCCUAAACUUGUGCAGAGACACGCAGGACUGUGGCGGAGCCGCGGAGACACAACUUCAUUUGAUCCCACACAAAGUGGCUUUCUGCUGCACGCGCGCGCUCUGCUGCUGGAUUUAUUCCACUUUCGCCUCCUUAAUGCGUAAAACUAUAAAACCCAUGUGUUGUUUCCGCUGCACACCGGAGCCCGUUAAGUUUUUAUGAACGCAGUGAAAACACUUCGUCAGAAGAUCCGAGCUGCGGAGAAAUGUCCACCCCGUGCAGUCUAAUCAAUCCCGAUCGAUAAGCUCACAGACUGAUCAGUUUCAUCUCACUGUUCUCCUGAGCGGCGGGAUCCCGGAGCACAGAGGAACUCUGCUGCACACACACACAGUCACACACACAGUCACAGUUACACACACACACACACACGCGCGCGCGCACAGCAGCGGCAUCACCGGAUUCUACUUGUGAAACUGCGCGAGGAGGAUCGAUGGCUUCUCUUUGUGAUCAAUAAGCAGAGUGUGUGAUCAGUUGGGGCUCUGCAGGGUCAGUGCACACAGUCCGCGGCCGCACACACACCGACGCAGUCUGGCGGCGGAGCGAGCGGAGGUCCCGGAGCUCUGAGCAGCAGCAGACAGGCAGAGGAGCGGAGAGGAGGUGGCGCUCCUCUCUGCGUCCGGGACAGCACACCGACUCUCUCUCUCCCCUCUCUCUGCUUCACCGUGUCCUCCCGCUGGAGAUAAAUUAACGGAAAGCAGCUGUCGGUUGUUUUAGAGGCGAGGCGGCCGUCUGGCAGCUCAGGGAUCCCGUGUUGCCUUUUUCUUUCUUCCUCGUCAGAUCUCUUUUCCCGGGACUCCGCCGACACCGCUGCUGCUGCUGCUGCUGCUGCUGCACCGCGCCCUCCGUCCCGAGCACCGAGGAGCCGCACCGCCGCACGCCGGCCACAGCGCACCGCAGGACGGAUAGACAUGUUGCCGAGGUCCGCCGGUCGCCGCGGAUCCCCGGCGGUUUGAGAUGCAGUUUCGGGACGUUUUGGAGAUUUGCACCGUCCACCAGCACCGGCCGCUCUCGCCUCGCCCCCCCGGCACCGACACCACACCGGGCUGCCCUGUGAUUCUUCUUCUUCUUUUUUAAUUUUCAGUUUUUCUAACGGGACUUUUUCUCUUGUUGCUGGAGAUGUUCUUCGUGUCUGGGCUGAAAGUUGUGCGCUCCCCGGCGGAGGGCCUCUAACAGGUCCGGACAGUACAUGUAACCCGAGGCGGGGUCAAAGUUCAGCCCUGGUUGGAAAUGUGAAAGCGAAGGGGGCAAAAGGAGGGCUCUAUUUCCCCCUCUCUCACUCUCACUCCUUCUUUUUUUCUGUUCUUUCCUUUUUUUUCUCCACACAUACACUACACACUGCGCACACGCACGCGCACACACACAGGCUGGAGUUACAGUAACCCCCCCACACACACAUAAACACACACACACCUUCCAGAUCUAAGAUUAGAUCCGACAGAUAUGUAUUCUCCGCUAUGUUUAACACAGGAUGAAUUCCAUCCUUUCAUCGAAGCCCUGCUGCCCCACGUCCGGGCCUUCGCCUACACAUGGUUCAACCUGCAGGCCCGCAAGAGGAAGUACUUCAAGAAGCACGAGAAGCGCAUGUCCAAGGAGGAGGAGCGCGCCGUGAAGGACGAGCUGCUGGGCGAGAAGCCUGAGGUCAAACAGAAGUGGGCGUCACGCCUCCUGGCCAAACUGCGCAAGGACAUCCGGCCCGAGUUCAGGGAGGACUUUGUGCUGACGGUGACGGGGAAGAAGCCGCCGUGCUGCGUGCUGUCCAACCCCGACCAGAAGGGCAAGAUGAGGAGGAUCGACUGCCUGCGCCAGGCGGACAAAGUGUGGAGGCUGGACCUGGUCAUGGUGAUUUUAUUCAAAGGGAUUCCCCUCGAAAGUACUGACGGGGAGAGGCUGGUAAAGUCUCCUCAGUGUUCGAACCCCACCCUGUGUGUGCAGCCGCAUCACAUUGGAGUUUCAGUCAAGGAGCUGGAUCUCUACCUGGCCUAUUUCGUGCACGCAGAAGCCAGUCAAUCAGAAAGCCCCAACCAGGCCAGCGAAUCAGAUAUCAAGGAACAGCCAGAGAACGGUCAUCUCGGUUUUCAGGACAGCUUUGUGACGCCCGGCGUCUUCACGGUGGCCGAGCUCGUACGAGUCUCUCAGACACCAAUCGCAGCCGGUACCGGUCCUAACUUCUCAUUGGCCGACCUGGACAGCUCCUCUUACUACAGCAUGAGUCCAGGAGCCAUGAGGAGACCGCUGCCGAGCACCUCCUCCUCCAGCUCUGCCAAGAGGAUAAAGUGUAUGGAAGAGGACGUGGACAGUCCAGGCGAGGAGUCCUACUACCCCAGUCAGGGUCGGUCUCCGGGCAGUGGCAGCCAGGCCAGCAGCUGGCACGACGUGGAGCCAGCUGGAUAUAAGCUGCGUGGCUCUCUAGCUAGCUCAUUCAUCUCCCGACAAGCGAGCCCCCAUGCUCCCCCCUCCAGCCUCCACUUCUCCUCCUCCCCCAUCCUGCAGCAGCCCGGCUCCUACUUCUCCCACCCGGCCAUCAGGUAUCACCCGCAGGAGACGCUCAAGGAGUUCGUCCAGCUGGUCUGUCCUGACUCCGCCCAGCAGGCCGGACAGGUGGGCUUCCUCAACCCCAAUGGUAGCUCCCAAGGAAAGGUCCACAACCCUUUCCUGCCGACGCCCAUGCUGCCUCCCCCUCCGCCUCCCCCGAUGGCCCGUCCCGUCCCGCUGCCCGUCGACGCCAAGCCGCCCUCCACCUCCUCCACAGAGGGCGGAGGCAACUCACCCACCUCGCCCACCUACUCCACCCCCACUUCAUCUCCAGCCCAGCGGUUCGUCAGCGUCGGACCCAGAGACCCCGGCUUUAACAUCCCUCAGCAACCACAGUGGUACCUGGGAUAAGGACUCCAGAGGCCCCUCCCCCCUCCACCCACCUGUACGACAGAUCGCUGCAGCCUCCUCCUCGACCUUUGACCUUUGAUGCCAGCUGCGACAGAGUCCUUUCUUGCCCCGCCCCUACAACCCUUGUCCUCCUCCCCCCUCUGCGCCUGACUCCACCCCCACCAGCGCCAUACACAGACUCAGCAGCAUCAGCAUGGCUACAGCGGAUCAAACGCACCCCAGCCCCGGUGUUAAACACACACUCUAUAAACUGUACGUCAUAGACUUCCCUGUAGACAUAUGGUUCAUAUGUCGAUGUCCAUAUAUAGUGCCAGACCCUGCCCCCCCUCCACCCCCCACCCCAAAACCAGAAAGAAGAAAUUCGUGGGGGGAUUGAGCCUUUAAUUUUUGGGAAUGCCGUAAGGCUGAAUCACAGAGCUUCCCCUCUGGAGAAACUACAUACCCACCCUCCCAUCAUCCUCCACAGUGUGUGCAUCCAGUGGACUUACAGCGGUACAAUGCCCUCCACCCACCAUCCGACCCCCUCAGUCCAGGUGGAUCCCGAUGGCCUGGGGUUGGUUUGGUUGGUGGGACCGGAGGGGAUGCGCUGUGGCUGGGGGAGAAGGGAGGUGUUACCUGGCUCAGAUACCACCAGCUAAUACCCCCGACCCCCUGCCUGAGCCCUCACACACCUCCUGGGAUGGACUCCACCCCCACUUGACCCCACCCCCCUGGUUGGUGGCAUGUCAGGGAGGGAGGAAGUCGACAAGGCUCUUUCCAAGGACAUGGACCAGUGCUUAAUGGAAAGAGCUGCCCUGAUGGGGAGGUGGUGCGGGCACAAACAGACGCCCUGCCUGUUUCACAGUAACAACACGAACUACACAUUGAAGGGUGGGUGGGGGGGUUAUGAUGGGGGAGUUCGGGUGAAGGUGGGGUUUAAAAACGUGGGGGAAGCAGGGGUUUGUUGAUGUGAAGUGUUGCAACCAGACGCUGGUGGAUCCAAGCUCGUUUAUCUGGGAGGCUUUGGCUUCAUGGCUCAUUGAUUUUUCUCUCUUAGCCGUCAUUUCAGCUGGUCCCCUCCUCUUCCUCCUCUAUCCAUCCACCAGUCUGGGUGAAGCUACAGCAUGCUAAGGGUGGGCAGAAAGCUCUGGUGUCCGAUACGCAGCAGGCAGACAGGAGAGAGAUGAGUGACUAAAACUUUACCAGUGGAAUAUUGAUCAUGAGGAAAGUGCAAUUUUGUUGGCUAGCUGUUGGAUAGUUAAAUAUCUUUGUAAGAUAGCUCGUUGAAAACAGUUGUUGAAAAGUAUAUAUAAACUAUAUUUUUCUUCCUAGUCCGCUCACACCUCUGGGACUCUAAAAUAUUGGGGUACAAAAGACAACAACACAGCAUUGAACUAGAAACCAUAGCCUUGUGAGAAAUAAGGGGAGCUGUAUUCACAUUUAUUGUUUAUUAUUUGUUGUUUGUUCAUCUUGUAAAGCUGUUAGCAUGGUAGAACAAGAAUCCCUUUAAAGAAAUAUCAUUUUAAACAAUCAAUUUUUUAAAUCAUUUCUUGCAGCUUAAGUCUGCUUUUCAUUUUGUUUAAAAAAAAAAAACGCUAAGCGAUUAACUUAUUUUAAUGAGCACAUCGUUUUACUUUUAAAAAAAAAAAGCUAUUUGAAUUUCUCAUGAGGCGAAAUCAGGAGAAAAUAUAAACGACUGAAUUUAAGCUGAAAUCAUGUUUUCUCCGGUUUCUGCGAGAUAAUCUUUAACGGGUGCUGCCCAGUGAAGGGCUGCCCAAUGAUUGGCUGGGUCUCCUAGAGCUCCUGUCCAAUCAAAAGCACUUAUUCCUGCAGUUGGCCAAUGGGCCGUGAGUGUGUAAUCAGGGGGUGUGGUUUCGCGAUAAAGAGGCAGAGCAGAGGGUAACUCUCUGGAAGCUUUCGUCCACAAAUAGAAAACCGAGCGCUUCACAUGCAACUUACCAUUUUAUUGAACUUCAGUUUUGUUCUUCCUUUUCUAUACUAUAUAUAUAAAUAUAUAUACACACACUCACACACACACACACACACACACACACUUACGACCAUCCAGCGUCGAACAAAAGUGAAUUUAAGUGAAAAAGUUAUAAAAAAGUACAAAAAAAAAUCUGCAUGUUCUAGUGUUAGUGACAAAUUUUUCCAUAGAUGAUGUAGUUAGUGAGAUAAAGACACUAUAUUGUAAACCCAACAUCAGGCACUUGCCAGCAGCCGUCUAUUAGUUUGGCCCCGUUGAGGCCUUUUCUAUCGCUCUCCUUCACAAACAACCAGCUCUCUUCGCUUCUCAGCAUCUCUCCAUUAUUUUUAUUUCUACUUCCUUCCCUUCCUUCUUCCUUCCUUCUUCCUUCAGCAACAGAUCAGCUCUGCUUUUCACUUCUAAGACGUUCUCUCUUUCAUCCGUAAGUUAUCAAAUUGCACGAAAACAAUUGUUCCUCAUCAAUGUGCCUUGAGCUACGGUCCAGUCCUGAAAAGUUGCACAAGAUCCAACGUGGAGAGUCUUGUUUUUUUGUUUCUUGCUUUUUUUUCUGCUCUUUAUUUUCUUAAUUCGCCCUCCACACCUGAGAUUUUGUAGGUAACUGGAGUAAUUAACGUCAAAGCUGAAGAGGAACGCUGUGAUUCCCAAAAUUCCUGGCUGGUAAUCUCUCAGUUUUAGGAGGUCUCAGGGCUUCGCUGCACUGCUUUCUUUCCCCCACUUACCUGCAGCGAUGAGCGGAGACCUCACAGGUGAAAUCUACACCAGCUACAAUCAGGUCAAUCACCUCCAGGUACCUGCUGACAGACAGCAACACGAUGAAAUUUUGUGAAAUGAGCACAGUCGUGAGUAAAGGUGAUAUUUGUCUGCAGUGAAAAUCUCCAACACGUUCUCUUCCAAACUCAACAAAUAUCGCUGUUUUGUCACGUCUCCAUAUGGAGCCCUAGGAGCUCCUGCGUCUGUUGUUGACGUUGCAGGACACCAUGUCAGUUAACGAUCAUUACAUGCAUUGUGUCUUUUCAAAUUACACUUUCACAGGAAACAUACAGUUUCUGCUCGUUAGAUGAAUACAGCCUUUUUUCAAAAUAAACUCACGUCAGUAAAACACCUCAUAUUUAGGCUGAUUUCCUUGUGCGACAAAAGCAUGUGAUUAGGUUUAGUAAAAAACAAAAUGGUUUGGCUCAAACACACGGGGGAGGUGAACAGCAGCUUCCCAGAUGAACGUCCAAUUUUACAUUGUUACAUGCGGCAUUUCAAACUGACGCCAUCCAGUGGUGUUAUGAACUGACAUACCUUUCACAGCGGUAUGAUGCGCCGCUUGACAGUGUAAACUGAUGCUUUUUUGAGUCGGUGUCUGACACUAAAAUCAUUGGCAAAGUGGCAGUAUUCAAUGAAGUUGGAUGAGAACGGGCUGAAAUCUCAUGUACAGACAACAUGAGGUAAAUGUGACAUUUUCAGCUGUUGGGUAACAGUUAGCUACGUAAAAAGGUUUCUCUCAUGUUGGCUAAUAGUUAGCUGCAAAAAGGAUGUGUAGCUAACUUAACAUACUAAUUUAGCAGCUAACACUGGCUCGGGAUGGAAAUAAUAUUUCUGAUACUGCAUAUUACCAGAUUACCAUAUUCCCUAACAUGUAUGUUUACCUAAAACAGCUAGCUAACAGUUCAGUUUAGCAGCUAAAACUGAUUUAUUUAAGUUUGCCAACUGUUGCGUGGAUAAAACACUUUGCACCAGGUUGGCUAACUUAUAGUAGCUUAAACAGUUACAGUUUCCUAACUAAAACCUUUUUUAUUAGGUUAGGUAACAGUCCAGUUUUCAAUUUUGUUCAGCUUUGCUAACUGUUCAUCUUAGCACCUAGAGUGGUUUCAGACAGGUUAGCUAAGUGACUUUGAGUCAGGUUAGGUAACUCUUGAGUUUUGCAGCUUUAACAGUUUCGUUCGGGUUACCUAAGAGUUCAGUUUAUUUCCUGGUCUCUAGUAGUUUAGCUAAAACACUUGAAACUAGGUUAGCUAACAGUCCAGUGUAGCAGCUACAUCAGUUUGGUUCAGCUUUGCUAACUGUUCACUCCAGCAGCUAAUAGGGAUUUAUUUGAGUUAGUUAACAGUUUAGUGUGAGCUAAGCAAGGUGGUUAGUGGUUAAACCAGGUUAGGAACUAUUUGGUUUGGGUAAGCGAACAAUUCUGUUUCUUUUAAAGCCCCUAAUCGUUAAGUUUAGCAGCUACGGUAAGCUAACGGUCAAUUUAAGCAGCUGUUUGGUUAAACUUUGCUACAUUUAAGCAGCUAAAAGUAGUUGUUUCAUUUUAGUAUUUUAGCAAACAGUUUAGUUUAGCAGUUAAAACAGUUAACUGUUUACAAAUUCUUCGGCUUUCCUUGGAAUUAUAAAUGUGUCAUGAUGACAGGAAAAGGAGGAUAUCAACUGAUUGAUGUGAAAAUGCAUAUUUUGUCACGUUUCUUGUUGUUGACAGUUGAAGACAUCGUACUCAUUUCACUAAAUUUCAUGAUGCCUGUAUCUUGAUAGACCAGAAGGAGCUUAUAACUGCUCACCAGCUGGUAGAUAAGCUCAGUGAACCAUGUUUACUCCCAUCCUAAUCCCGUCAUCCUGUCCUGUCUGAUGGGAUGACUUUUUUUUUUCUUUUCUUUUCUUUUUUUUUAACUUUUGUUGCUACAAUCUCCGAACAGCAAACACUUUAAUUUUCAAGUCUUCCUAUUUUUAGUUUUGGUUCGUUCUUCUACUUUUUGUUCCCAGAAGUGAAUAAUAAGGACAUAAAAUAUGCAAUGCCUGCUUGCACUCACGUAGACUUAUUUUGUCUUACAUUGUUAAUUUAGUUUGGUUUUUCUUUCUCUUUACUUUCAACCAAAGUUAGCGUGCACGCGACUGGCAUCGUGCUCCGUGGUCGGUCCCUAAAAAUGGUGAAGCCCGCCCCGCAGCAUCGCUCCAGCCAAGCUGAGCCACCGUCGCUGGGGGAAUUCUACUUCCUUUCUUCCUUCCUUCUGUUUUGAUAAUCCACCAGACGGCCGCAAUAUUGCAUUUGGGUCUCUUUUUUCCUAAAGUUUUUUUUUUUAAUUUCUUUUGUCACGAGCAAGCCUUAAACAAGUCCAACUUCUUCUCCAUCGCGCAGAAAACAGUUUAUUGAAAACACUUUUGAUGACGUCCAACAUUUUAACCACGCCCCACCCUGCUUGGCAGAGGUUUUAGUGAAUAAAUGGUUUACCUGUUCUGUGUGUUCAGUCCGUCUAUCAAAUUUAAUGGACAGCGACGUGACGGCGUCAGCUGUGAUGGUUUAGUAGUUCCACUUGUGUGGGUUGUGUGUUUCCUCUUAGUGUGACAUGUUUGUUUUGUCUCUGUUCUUGCCUACCCUUUAGCCAUGAGUUGGGCAUUACUUCCUUAAUUAUCUGCACUAAAUAUGAAAUAAAUGACAAUAGUGAAAAAGUAUUACAUCAAAAAAAAAUACAGCUUCCAGGGCUUAAAAAGAGCGAAGGGAAUAAAAAAAUAAAUAAAAAAUUGCACGGACAUUUUUAUAAGUGUCACAAAAACCUUGUGAAACAGCCUAGCAUCUAAUCAGCGACUUUUGGCUGUGUUGUGUGUAAGAUAACGACAAAAUUGCACCCUUUUUAAAGAAAGAAAAAAUGAAAAAGAAUAUAAAGCAAUAGUUUGGGCAGUGUGUUUUUUUGUUCUUGUGUUGUGUGUGUAAUUUAGUUCUGGUACAGCAGCGAAGAGACGCAGAGAAGAGUUAGCUCUUAACGGACGGGAGGGCAGAGCAGCAGGGCCACUCGGCCUGACUGGGAGACGUGUUUGUAUGUUGUAUAGUUUUAUUAAUUACACUGAUUUUAAAGCUGCCCUAUUUUAUAAUGCAGGACUUUUGUAACAUUGAUAAAAUGAGGAAAAACUAGUGUUGUGAAUUUUCUGAUUGUUUGUAUCGAGGCCACAUUACUAGAACUGGUUUGGUUUGUUUUCUGGGAACUGGAUUUAAGUUGAAAACUUAACUGUUUCCUUAUUUUCUUUAUUUUUCUUUAUUUGCUUUCCUUUUUGUAUGUAUUUAAGAACAUUUCCUCUGUUGAUGGUAUAGCAUAUUCCUGUACUUAAAAAGUAUAGGGCGCUGUGGUGAUAAGACCAUUGUAAAUGGAUGUUACAGUAUGCUGUAUGUUUUGAAGGUUAUUUGUUGCAUCAGUGUUGAUGAAGCUACAUCUAGGUAACUCUGAGGAAAAUUGGUAAGAAAAGCAAGCGUUUUUUAUGCAUUUUAAAAAUUUAGUUUUAGGCAGGAGACAAUGACAUAGCCAGCCAAAGGAUGCCCCUACUAUUAAUGCAUCUAGGCAUCUUUUUUUGUGUUCACCAUUCCAUGCAGGAAAAUAAACAGCUUGAUUAUGCAACAUGA